CGACAUGCCGACGCUCAAAAACUGGCCAAAACUGAAGAGCACUCGGCACGCGUACAGGGACAGAUACACACGCUGCGGUUAGCCAGUUUUAGCCCGUAUCGCCAAUCGCCAUGCUCGCCUACCUCCUCCACGCCCCAGCCGCCGCCGUCGUCGCCGCGGCGCCCAGCGCCUUCACCCUCCGCUCUCUCCCGCCGGCGAGGACCCCGUUCCUCCCCUCCCUCCCGCGCCCGGCCUCGCCCAGGCGCGCCGCCGCGUCCGCCUUCUCCCCCGCCGCCGCGGCCGCCCCCAUCGCGGCCUCGCUGCUAGAGGGCCCCGUGCUGGUCUGGGCCGGCCGGCUCUGCCUCUACUACGCGCUCCUCCACGCCGGGCUCGCGGGCUCCCCGCGCAACCCCUUCCUCUCCCACGAGAUCGGCGACGACGGCGCCGGCGACAGCGACCUAGGGUUCUCCAAGUGGGCCGAGAAGCUCCGUGGCGGCGCCUCAGGUGAAAAUGAUGCUCAGGAUAAGAAGAAGCUAACUAGCAAGUGGAGGCCAACGACUAAAGGCACACUGAAGAGAACCUACCGAGUUCGAUCAACAGAUGAAGGAAGGAGGAUCCUGAAAGAGAUUGCUUCUGUUCUGUCCCAAGAUGAUCAUUUUGUGGAUGCUUCGACUCACAAGGGUUGUCAAAUAAGGCGGGAAAGUGCUCAUGGUGAGAGUGUGUGCUGCUACAACGUGAGAGCUUUGUUCGAUGAGCUCCCCACUCCUCAUCUGGUUCUGGAGAUUACACCUUUUCCCGCUGGACAUCUUACCGAUAAUGACUACCGCAAGGCGGAGAGGCUUGAGAUGGUGUUGAGGCUGAGUGCUUCCAUUUAAAAACUAGGGGCUGCUCCCCACUCCUCAUCUGGUUCUGGAGAUUACACCUUUUCUUGCUGGACAUCUUACCGAUAAUGACUACCGCAAGGCGGAGAGGCUUGAGAUGGUGUUGAGGCUGAGUGCUUCCAUUUAAAAACUAGGGACUGAUUUUCCAUUUCCCUAAUAUUUUCUUUGCCCAAGUUGUAAAUUGUUUACCAGUGGGCCUGUAAAUUGAUGCAGUUGGCUAAGAACUACUUGUAUCCCCUGAGUUCUGCUCAGCUUUCCUAUUAAUUUGAGCUCAAGAACGCAUUCUAUA